GACAUGAUGAUGUUAGAGUCAAGAAACAGUAUGAGAGCUUCAAACACACUCCCAGAUCUGUCUCUUCAGAUCAGCCUUCCUAACUCUCAAGCCAUGAAACCUCUUAAUGGUGGUGACCGGAGCUCCACAAGUAGUGACUCAGGAAGCAGCCUAAGUGAGCUAAGCCAUGAGAACAGCUUCUUGAUCAACAAACCUCUCUUGAGCUUAGGCUUUGAUCAUCAUCAUCAUCAUCAGCAUCAACAAAGGCACUCAAACAUGUUCCAACCACAAAUCUAUGGCCGAGAUUUCAAGAGAAGCUCAUCAUCAAUGGUUGGUCUUAAACGAAGCAUUAGAGCUCCAAGAAUGAGAUGGACUUCUACUCUUCAUGCUCACUUUGUUCAUGCUGUUCAACUUCUUGGCGGCCAUGAAAGAGCAACGCCUAAAUCAGUGUUGGAGCUGAUGAAUGUGAAGGAUCUAACCCUAGCUCAUGUCAAGAGUCACUUGCAGAUGUAUAGAACAGUAAAAUGCACUGAUAAAGGAUCAACAGUAGAAGGAAAGGUAGAGAAAGAGGCAGAGCAGAGGAUAGAGGACAAAAGUAAUAAUGAAGAAGCUGAUGAAGGAACUGACACAAAUUCGCCAAACUCAUCAUCUUUGCAUAAGACCCAAAGGACUUCUUGGUCAUCCACAAAGGGAGUACCUAUGAGCAUAUCUAAACAAGAAGAGUCUCACUUGGGAACAACUCAUCACACUAAGGAGAACAAGGAGAACGAGGCAACAAACGUUCAUCUCAAUUUGGAAUUCACAUUAGGCCGGCCGAGUUGGGGAAUGGACUAUGUAGAACCAUCCAAUGAUCUAACCCUUCUCAAGUGCUAAUUGUUUAACUUGAAGAACAACAAGAGAAUAAGUCAGCUUAGAUUUGCCAGUUUUUAACAUAAUUUAACUUUGUUUGAUCAUAUGGACUUUGGAAAAGAAUCAUAUAUGAUCUUUCUUCCAAGAAUGUUCUAUGAUUUUUGGGGAUGUAUAAACAAGAGAAUCAGAUUAAGUAG